AUAAUUCUCAAGUCCACCUGCCAUUCGCCAUUUGAAAGAGAUUGACCAGAGGUAGCGGGUCGUACGUGAUUCCUUCAUCAUGUCACAUACGGUAUAUACAAUCGAGGAAGUAGCAUGUCAUAAUGGUAAAUCAGACACAGGACUGUGGAUUGUUAUCAAAGAUAUUGUCUACGACGUGACAGAGUACAUACACGAGCAUCCGGGGGGUGAAGAAUUACUUCUCGAAUAUGCCGGGAGGGAUGCUACAUCGGCCUUCAAUGAUUUCGGUCACUCAUCAGAUGCAAUUGCUCAUCUCAAGCUUUAUAAAAUUGGACAACUCGCUGAGGGCGAUAAAAGAAGCAAAGAGAUCAGGGAGAGAAAACGUAAAAGUCGGCGAAUAUUUUUUCCACUGUUCCGCAGCUGUUCCACGUGACAAUUCGUGGAUAUGAUUAUUGAAUUGUGACACUAUGUAUUUAUGUAUUAUUUAUUGAUUUCUCAAAAAAUGAAUGGUUUUUCAUAUU